AUGCCACUGAACCUGUCAAACAUGGUUCUAAAGUUAAGAAUCGCCGUCGUUUGCUCCAGUAACCAAAACCGCAGUAUGGAAGCUCAUAAUUUCUUAAGGUAAAGCAUUUCACGUCCAGAAAAGUUUCUAAAGGGACACUUUUAUGUAGUUGUUUGUUAGGCCAACGAUUGGCCAUGGUCGGUUUGCUUUUUGAGGGAAGAAUUGCGUUAGGAAUGUGUUUUUUCGUUUCUUUUGUUUCAGCAAGCGCGGUUUCAAUGUGAAGUCAUUUGGUUCAGGAGUUCAAGUGAAGUUGCCCGGCCCAGCUCCGGAUCGACCAAACAUUUAUUCAUUUGAUACAACCUACGAUGAAAUGUACCGAGAUUUACUGAAAAAAGACCCUCAACUGUAUCCAGUCGAUUUUCGAAGUUUUAGCGUUGUUGCUAUUCAAGAGUAGCAAACAAAGGCGGUAAUCUGGUAAUGGAAAUUUGCUCAGAUUCUACUUGCAUUCCAUCACGUAAUGUCGCUAAUUGAGCCCCUUUUGGUUGUAUCAUUCCCUAUUUUUAGUAUCCAGGAAAUGGAAAGUAAUGGGAAAUUUUCUACUGAUUAACAGAAAAGAUAGUUUUGGUUAGAUCUUGCCUUUUAGGUUAACAGGCGGUUAAAGCAUGUGCGAACGUAAGUAAAUUGGGUUGGCAAAUAUCAAAUGACGUAGAAGCGUUGUUUGCCAUCGGGAAAUUCAAUAUCAUUUCUUUGCAGCUCAUGAGAAGUGGACCAGAAUGUCUCGGCACUCAAAAUGAAAAGCCUGUGUGACUAAUGCGAGUUGAUUUACCGUACUUUGAAAAUAGUUAAAUUUUAAUGUUAGUGAGGGACACAGUGCUUUGUGUAAUUGAGGCAGACAUCAACAAAGGUUGACAGGGAUGAAAGAAGAAAUGGACCAGAUUGUGGCAAAGGUAAUAUCCUGUUUCCUGAGACACAUUUUUGUGUGAAAUUUUGCUUUAUCAAAGCAUUUGGGUGAAUAAAUGUAUCAGUAUGAAUCACUGUGUUACUACUGAAAUAACCUAUCAAAUCAUCACCCCACUACUCCCUUCAUCCUUUCAUACCAAUCUUUUCUUUUCUGGGCUUCGAAAGCAAGCGCAAAUCUAUUAACCAUUAGAACUGUAAGCUUGAUGAGCUGACUUAGACAUUCCCUUUGUUGAUGUGAGAAAGUUGCCCUUGUAUUACAUUUUAAAAACAACCUUGUGGUCCUAACCAAGACCAUUCUUGAAGGGAAAAUUGAUCACCUGAAAUGAUAUAGAACUUCCAGGACAAAGAGUGAUCAGAUUUCAGAAAAUUAAAGUGUGGUAGGAAAUGGAACCUUCAGAUGGUAAUUCUGGCAAUUACACAAGCAAAUCUUGAACAAGAUUAAUCUGCAUCAGUUUGAUUCCUCUAUCAGCCUCUUACCACUGAAUGGCACCAUGAAUAUAUCUCCACUUCAGUUAUUUUCUCAGAAAAAAGAUAAGUUUCCUUGGAUACAUUUGGACAUAUCUACCAAGGGCUCCAAAAGCUUCCAGACUUUUCCACCUAAAUUAGUUUUUCGUGUGAAAGAGUUACUACUGUGAACAUGCACCACACCCGAGACCUAAUUUGGCUUGUGACUAAAAUGGGACCAUAAUUCAAAUGGGAGUAUCUUCAAGGUGAACCCUGACAUUCUAAUCUUGAGAGAGAGGUCAUUGAGAGAAUUAGAGAAAGUGACCACAAAGAUGUCAAACCACUCUUCUAACAGUUCUAAUCAACAAGCAAGAUAAAACAUUUGAGCAUAUUUCUGAUCCCGAUGAGAUGGAAGAAGGGAGAGUUAUUUGAAAUUGGCAAUUACAUAACACUAACUUACAGUGAGUGAGUGGAGUGCUGUAAAUGCAGAAGAUUCUAUGCAGACAGCAAAUAGGAAAUGAUACCCCACACCUUUCGGCUGUGUCAUACCAAAGGACAUUAUUUAGCACUGAACUUGGAAAAGCAAAGUUCUACUGACAGAUGCUUAAAAAGUCUGGAUAAAUACCCUUUGCUUCUGAUGAUUGAUCUUUGCAGGAGAAGCCUUUGCUUAGAAAUUACUAUAGUAUGCAAACGUCAUUCAGAUCUCUACCUUAAGAAGUGAACAGUUUUUGUUAGCUAUCUUUAUAUGUCCUCAUCAAAGUGAUCAAUAGGCCAUCUUGAGUCUGAGGCAUGCAUGCACUUAAAUAGUAUAGAUGCAGAUUUUCUUGGGUGAUUAUUUAGAACAGUUGAGUAUGACAGCAAUCAGUUAAAGUCCUUGUGGUUUUAUAGAUUAUAUGAGGAGGCUUUAUAUGAACAAGGGCCUGUUUUGAAGCAAAGGAACCUCACUAUGAUAGCAAUGCUGGCAGUGAUGAUACUGCUUUAGGCUGAUAUCUGUACCAUUUGGCUUGUUAUAAGCUGGUGAUGCAGUGUGUGGUUGUGCCUUGGCAUAUUUUACUAGGGUAGAUGAACCUACUUGAGACGCACCUGCUUUAAAAAAGUAGCAUGAAAACAAUGUUACAUUUUAAAUGCCAUAUGUCAAAUUGGUUAUCAUUCUUUCGGUGUCAUUCAGAAGUUAAAGAAUGUCUUUUGAUGUAUAUAUGUAACCAUUUCCAGCAAAAUUUAGUAUUGUUCAAAUUUUGAUGUUACAUCCUAGCGUUGUUCAUGAGAAGACGAGUGACCAUUAGGUUAUCUACAGUUUAGUGGUCAAAUUCAUGUCUGCUAGCUGUGUUGUCUCUGUGAGCUAAGUGUCUGACUUGCAAUCAGUGUGAUGAGAAUUAAAAAUCCUCAUAUCAAAAUUCCCUAGUUGAAGAUUUCCAAGGUAAUGGAAUUGCUUUAAUGAAUAGUGUAUAGUGACUGAAUUCUAUACUUAUACCUGAAUGGUGCCUGAUAUUUGGGCCUUUCUACAAGAUGUUAGGUUGUAUUUUACCUACAUGGCAAGGCAAAGAAAGAAGUGAAUAACUCUCAGUGAGAACUAGAUUACUAAUGGAAGGAUAACCUCAUUUAAAGCCUUGUAUUACUAAGCAAUCACAAAUGAUGAAUUGUCAAUUUUUCUGGUUAUUCGGCACAUUCACAGCCAUUCAGCCACUCCCUCGUUGGUUUCCUAGAUUGAGAGGUUGACCUGAGUUAAGAAGAUGUCUAUUUUAGAAGACAACUAUGCACUGCAACAAUUACUCUUUGAAAGUUUCUAGCAAUUCAACCUGAGUUUAGACUUAAUCCAUAUCAGUGUGGAAAGACCUUUCCAGUUAUUGGGCCUAAACGGGUCACAAGUUAUGUAAAGCCUCCUGUGGCAAGAUUCUGUUUUUGACUUUUCUCUCUGAAAUCGUGUUCUUUCUUGAUGGAUUCUAUCUUGGGGUACAAUUUGAAAUGUAUCCAAAUUAUUCCUGAAAGAUUAUGUUGAAGAAAGGUCUGAUGGUUUGCCUUAAUUGGUCAGGUUUUGUUGUUAUAUGUGAUCAUGGUUGCCACCUGGUAGUAUAAGAUGGUUAUAGUAGUGAAAUACUAGGUCAUGAAGGUGCCCACCCUUGAUGCAUUGAACAAUGUUACUAGUAUACUAUUAUUAUAGUUCAAACAGUAAAUGCCCUAUACCCUUUGGAGCAAUGAACUUAGUGGCAUUCUGCAGUAUAGUCUAAAAAGAAGGUUUCUUGAACUAAAGGGAAAUGAUAAGUUUGCCUUUGGAAAGUAAUUUUACUUGAAAUUUGUAAUAUUUACACAUAUGCAAAUUUAGUGCUAUACAGAUGUUAAUGAUGCAAUCAAAUUUCUCCCUCUGAAAUAGAACACAGUAGAAUUAAAUUAGCUUUUAAUUUUUUGUUGUGAUCUAGAUUGUUGAAGUCGUUGGUCUAUCUAACAGUUAGAGAGCUUUUCAACAAGUAUCAAAAAAACAACAACAUCAAAGGAGAUUUGCAAGGGGCCAAUGAGAACCCAAAGAAAACACGAGUUGUAGGAGUAAGAGGUGUGGGAAACAUGGGACUAAGUUGCAGGUGUUUGCCAGACUAAUCAAACUGAAGUCUAAAAGCUACCCCACAUGACAUUUCACAUGAAUGAAAGUCUCCAAUCAUUAAGAAUAUUUUAAAUAUAGGCUGACUUGUUGAAAAUGUUUUCCAAAUUAAUGAAUUUGGGAUUUAUGUGGCUAGUAAGAGAUAUGCACUUUUACAUGUUGUCUUGGCACUUAAUAUUAUUGCAGUCAAUGCUGUGAAGCAUAAUUUGACAACAGCCAUUACCAAAAUAUAACUUUUGAUCAAAUGGCGUUCUGUUAUUGCAACCUAUCAUCACUUUCCACUUCUUGGGGUGUUGAAUAGUGGUGAUUCAAAUAAACAAGGCAGUCCAAAGAGUUCUAAUGGUGACAAAUUAUUGGAAAGUUGCUCAAUUUGAGCUGAAACUAAUUUGAUAGCCAUUAAUUGUCAUGUAGCUUAUCUUUGCUCUGAAGUAGGGUGGGUGUGUUUCUUACUGUACUGUAGAGAAAAUGCAGUUGAGAUGUUGAUUCUCAUGAGUAACAUUUCUAGGUGGAUUGUGGAUUGUAAUUUUGAAGUUUCUUAGGGGUGUUAAACUGAGAGUGUGCCUCAGCAGAGUUGUGGUGUGAUUGCCUGCAUGAGCUUGAAAUGUCAGUAUGGAAGGAAUUUGGCAAGUUGAAAUUUAGAAACAAGCACAAUAGACUGGAAGACAAUAUGGACUACAGAACUGGGCUGAAUAAGGUGGAUAGAGAGGAUGCCAAGUUUAAGUGAAGUAAUUUCCAGGAAAUUAUUUUGUAAUUGGUAUUGCAGUUAGGAUACAUCUUCCCUGAUCUUUUCAAAGGUUUUGGGUGAAGAAGAUCUGUCCUGAUUAAGUAACAAGUCAAGAAUGCACUGGUUGAAAUUCACUGUGUGGAGGGUCUAAGAUGUGACGUUCCUAGCCUCUCAGUCAAUGGCAAAAAGCAUUUCUUGUGAGGAAGUGGUCAGGGGUUGAUGAACAAGAUUACUCAGAGUAGAGCCCUACAGCUUGCAAGAAUGAACUGACACCAAACAUCCAAGCUUUCUCCAUUUUGGCUUUGGAAAAUUACAAGUGACCCCUUAAAAAAAAACAACAACAACAACAACAGCAUUUUCAUGAUUGUCAGAUUAACUGAACUGAAGCUGGCCUUUUCCCAAAUGUGCAGUGUUUCCAGCGUGUCGUUCAGUGUAGCGCCUAAUUCUCAACCAAAUUCCCUCUUGGCUUUUCUCCUCUAAAGGGAGGGGCCAAGUACUACCCAUGUUGUGUUGGAAUGUUCAAUUGAUUUAGUUGCUAGCCAAACAAUCUUAUAGUGUACUUCAAGUAUUGCUGAGAAAUGCUUACUUUAUACUGUGAAAUAGGUCCAUGUUGUCUUUGCCCAGAAAACCAAGCAAAACAAAGGAAUUGCAACUUAAAGCAGCUUUACUUUCUUAUAAUUGUUAUUUCAAGUGACUCAUCAAGAGUUAGGGUUUUCAAAAAUUUAGAGAUGUUAAUCUGAAGACUAAAUUAUGUUUAAGGUACUAUUUUCCAUCUGUUUAGCUCAUUUGCUCAUCCCUCUUACCCUAAAAUCAAGUUUGUAGCCCAGUUUAGUAGAGGGAACAGGAUGACUCUGGUGAUGAGGUCAACCUGAGACCCCAUGGUUGGGAUGGAUCUAGGAGAGGGGUGUGGUGGGUACGCAACCCCCCUACCCCAAUCAUUCCUCAGUGGUGCACCCAGUCCUAAGAAAAAUCAAGGAUCUGCCCUUGCUUGGUGAAAUAUUUAUGUGAGCCAAAAUGUUGUUACUGUCUACUGAAGGUUGUGUGAUCUUCACAAUGAGGUCAAGCCUGACAUAGGCACUGUCACUCAGAUGAGUGGCAUCAGAUAUGUUCCUUUGAAAUAAUGAAGUAGGUGGGCUGAAUGAAUUUGAAAUUGGCACAAAUGGUCUGGUAAUAAUGGUUCUGUUGUAACUUUAAUAUAUAUGCCAAACUUCACAAAUGAAAUGAACUGUUGCACAGAUAAUUCAGAAUGUACUUUGAACUCUUGAAUUCUGCUCUCUAGCUGAUGUAUAUUUCCUACCUAAUUAACUAAGAGAGUAGUGUUGUAACAAGCUAGCACCCUCCAGCUCAUACAUUUUGUUUGCAUUCACCACCUCUUUGUUUUAAAGUGCAUUGGUUUUAGAGGAGAAGUUGUAUAUUGAUUCAUUAUGGGAGUAAAAAUUAUUUUGACGUGGAGUUGAAAUGUGCAUUAUAGAACCAAGAUCACUGUUGGAAUCAGUUCAUCCAGCUAGAUUCAGCAAAGUCAACUUAGAUCUGUUGUGGCUAGUUUAAAUCAAGUGGUCUGAAUAGGCUGUAAGAAAUUAGUGAGUCGCAAACUGAGGUUAACUAACCAACUUUGACUACCCAUCAUGGAGAAUUCCUGGGACUGGUGGGUAGCGAUUGCAGGAAUUAACUACAGGGUCUUGUUUAGUUACCAUGGGGACCAACCUUGACAUACAUCACAAAACUUUUUAGCAGUCAUACUCUGCUUUUAUAAUUUUAUAUCAUGUACCACAUGGGUAUUGUUGUUUUCAGCUGAAAAUUCCAUUUUUUCUUGGGUAAAUUAUUGACUGUGUAACAUUUAUAGUAAUUUACAAAAUUGGAAAAAAAUUCCUUGAUUCAGCUUAUUAGCUACAAGCAAAAUGGAAUUCUUCACAUGCUGGACAGAAACAGGAGAAUAAAAGCACAUCCUGAGAGAUUCCAAGAAACUGAAGAAGAAUUUGACCUGGUGGUUACAGUGGAAGAGAGGGUGUAUGAUCAAGUUAUCGAGUGUGAGUAUCCUUUCACCUGCUAGAUAGAUUAAGGAAUUAGUUGUGAGGUGAUGUAUUUACGCUGUUAUCUACAUGUGUAUGAGCUGUGGUGUGGAAAUUAUACAAAGUGACAUGCACUGUCUUAGAACUGCAUGCUCAGAGGGAAAAUUUGAACUAAGUAUUUUAUUAAAAUGUUAAAUUUUCCUCUUCUUUUUUUUUGUUUCAUUUUUAAGCAGUGUGUCUUUUGACAUGUAGAGUGGUUGAAUCAUAUGUGGUUGAAUCAUAUGUUAUGAUUAAUUAAUUGAGUAAUUAAGUGAGUGAAUGAAUGAAAGAAUGAAUUAAUUCAUGGUAAUAAAAGGAAUGGAUGAAGGGAUGAACUAUCCGACUACAUAGAUUGAGCUGGCUGCUUUUAUGGGGUAAGCAUUUUUGUGACAAGUUGGAGGGUUACCCUAAUGCAAGUGAAAAUAUUUGUCCAUACAAGCCUAAACUUUUACACUUGGCUAAUGCUAAAAUCACAGAUCUUGCAUUGCUGAUAUGUUUUAUGUGAACAGUUAUAACAGUUCAAGCUCUGACUUUAAUGCAGUAUUUUGACAAUGAUUAUUCUUUCAGAUCUUGAAUCACGUGGCGCUCAAAGCUACUCGCCAGUCCAUGUCAUAAACCUUGAUAUUCAGGAUAACCAUGAAGAAGCUACAUUAGGAGCAUUCCUUAUAUGUGAAAUGUGUCAAGCUGUAAGUAUUAAAAGUGUUGAAACUGUGGAACUGUGCAGUGUAGAUGAAGGAGGUGAAACAUGAAAAGUAAAGCAAUAUCCAGAUAUUAAAAGGGUUAGGUGCCACAACUUCUCCCCAACAAUAUCUGCCCCUGUGCAAACUGUUUUUGUUGAAAAAAGUUGUAUUGCAUUUAAUGUUAUUCCCUUCUGGGAGUGGUUAUUUCCUGCCUCCUUUAACUAGAGCUUAUAUUAUAUAUUUCUAAAGGAUUUUUUGUGAUAAUUUUGAUAUAAUGUCCAUAGAAGAAAAAAUAUAAACACCCUUGAUUUUGCCACUCAGUUUGGAAGAUAACCAUCUUUCUAGAGAGGGAUGCAAAGGGGGAGUGUUGAUCUUGUUUCACACACAAGUUUGAGAAAAUCCACACCACAUAUACUGCAAAAAGUAUUUCAUGGAGCACAAAUUUAAGAGAGGAAACUUCAAAUCUCACCUCAUCUUGCCUUUCUAUAAAAUUCACACAUCACACAUCAUGUUCAUGUUUAUGUACAACCCUUUGCCACCCUUUUAAGAGUUAUAUACAUAUUUCAGGGCUUUUAGUACUUCCAACCAGUUACUCCUGCUGAUAAAAGUGUUAUUUAAUCUUUUUUCAUUCAGAUUGAAGGCCUAGAUGACUUAGAAAAUGAAAUUGAUGAAGCUAUUCCUAAACUAGAAAAGAAAUGGAAAAGAACUUUGCUUCACACAGUAGCUUUCUAUUAGAUAUUGAGUAUUUGUACAAACAGUGAUAUUUUAUUCAGUCUAUAAUAUAAGUGUAAAUAGCUUUAAACAAUUUUGUAUUUAACUGAGUAAUAUCAUUGUGAAGCUAUAGACAAACAAAUGGUUUGCUUCCAAGCCAGCUCUCCAGAAGGUUGUCAUUUAACUUAGAUGAAUUUAGAAGCAGAGACAGACAUUGAAUUUAAGGCUGGUGAAAGAAGUGUUGAUCAAACAGCAUUAGUUUCAUUAGCAAAAUAAACAGUACAGUGUUUAAAUGUGCUUGCAAGACAACCACUUAGGAGUUGGUCAUCUGUCUCACCUUUACAUGCCUUGCUUAAGUGAAAAUAUAGUCAUUUGUACUAUGUUUUGGGAGUUUUUUGAUCACCUAGUCACAGAGAAAACAAGUAUCUUUAAUUAAUUUACAAAUACUAUUUAUGCAGCCCACAUCUUUCAAACUGGAAUCAGUUAUUUUUGAAUCUGUGUAUUUUUAAUGUGAAACCACAAACUGAAAAGACAAAAGAAGUUGACAAUUUGAUAUUUUUUUCAAGAAUUGUUCACUUGAUAGACUCAAUUGCAAUCCUGAAGGUGAUCCAGAUUGUUAAAAAAUAUAUAUAUACAUACAAACGGCUUAAACAACAGUGAACAGUAACAAGUCUCUCUUCAAGGGUGAAGGGAAAAGGAAUGCAGAAGUUGUUUCAAGGAAUAAUAAUUUUACUGAUUUUGUAAUUCAUAGGUUUUUCCAGCCGUGACGAAUCUGCAUUCAAUCUUGAUCUUGAAUAGUACAGGGUGCUUUACUUGAAACAGUUAAAAUAUGAUUAGCUAUUCAUCUCGAUUACUAUUUCGUGUAAAGGUUUCCAUUUUCAGUAUUUGUUAUUGUUUUCCUCCUUUGGGAGUGAAGAGCUUUGCUUUACUUUGCGACAUAUAUGUGAAAAUUGUGCUAAAAAUAUGGGUGUACGACUUGAUUGCGUUAUUACACGGGGAUUGAAUGGAGAAAAUUUAUCGUUUACUUCCUAAAGCUGUCUCAAGUGUAUUUCAUCGGCACAAUUUUGUGCAAUUGCUUUACCACUGUGAGUA